GCAUCCUUGCCAAUGCACGUGUUACUGUAGUUUUUUGAAAAAGUGCAUGGAUGAUGACAUCAUCGCCCUUGCGAUGGCCGUCCCCGUGGGGGACGCACGAGAGCAGAGAACGGCCAAGGAGAAACGCCUCGACGCGCUGCAGCGAGGCCGACAAACACGCAUUCAGAAUCUCCGAGCCAGACAGAAGACGCUAUCAGAGGAGGACACGCAGCAGCUUGCGAUCACGUCCUUGACUCAGCCUGCAUGCGUUGUCCCUGCAGCUGCUCGACGGAUUGCGUCUCGACCCGAGACAAAGCUCAAGGCGAUGAUGCAGCUGGCGUGUUCGCCCAAAAUUCGUGGGGGAAGCGCUGCCAUCGAGAGGGUGCGCCGUCUGCAAGAUCAGUCCGUUGCCAUCGUGGGCAAGCUGUGUCUAGACAGGCAGUUGCGCGGAUGGCAGAUGUGGCUUUCCAGGGCACCGCCAGUGGUUGCAGGCGCCCGCCUCUUCGUCAUGCGCGGGGUUUCAGCCAUGUGGGACGAGGCCUCGCAGUCGUCGCGGGCACUCCUGUUGCGGCGGAACUUGUGCCACGACCUCGGCCAGAGCCAGAAGACUGUCAAUGUGAUGGUCGUCCUUAGCGCAGCUUUCCAAGCGUUUGUUCAGCGGGGUCGCCUUGAGUCGAUCUCGGACGUCCAGCACCUUUUGCAGAUCGAGUGGCAGCCCUGGAUAUGUGCACCCCUAUUCUUGGAAAACACGACCGCCAAGCUGCUGUUCGAAGGAUUGAGAAAAACUAUGCCCAUCGAGUUUGCCAACGCCAG